GGGCAGUAAUCGUGGGAUUAAUUGACGGAUAAGAUAAGUGCGUGGUCCAGAAAAAGAUAGCAAUUCGCUUGUUUGUAUUGUUGUUUUUAUACUGCAAACUACCAAUCACGAGAGGGACCAAUUUUUCAAAUUGGGUAAACCAUGUUACAAAGCAACCCCUUCUUCUUCUCGACUUGUGUUACUUGUAUACUUUUAUGAAGAAGGGAAAUUCAAAAAUAUACUUCUUGCACUUUCAAAUAAUCUGUACUGUUUAUGAUAGCUUAUUUAUGUCAAAUUUUUUAUACCCUGGUCUUGCAAAUCUUUUAUUAAUUAUUCUUGUGUAUUUUGAUCAGCACUAGACAGGUAAGCGAGUCUGAUUAAAUUGAAUAUUCCAUAGGCAAAUUGAUUUUGGAUAUGAAUUCUUUUUGUUGGUGAGUUUCUCUCUCUUGCAAUAAAUGGUGACAAGCAUCCAGGAAUCUAGUGCUUUUUGCUUGCUGAAAUGGUGAAGGGCUUAGGCAAAGAGAAAGGAGUGUGAACAGUAGGAGUUGGUGGUGGUAGGAGAAGAAGGGGAAUUAAAUUAAAAUAAAAGAAAGGGAGGAGCAUGUGGGGUUGAUAUAGGGCAGUGUUUCACUGAAAACCAGGGAGCAUAAUUCAUAGUUUUCUUUCUAUUCAGUGUAGAGUAGUAGAGUGCCCUUUUUCAAGCGAAUGUGCAGUGUUACACGUGUAAGAGACCAUCUUUUAUGCAUUUCUAUGGUCCUUUUUUUUGGAAGAUACCUUUCACAUCAGUUACAUAAGGUUUGCUGUUUGGUGUGAUGGGUGGAGUUAAAUCGUCCAUUGGGAUGAUGCUUUUUCCCUAGCUGCAGUUUCUGGUUCAGUGGCUUGGUUUUUUCCCUGGAAGUUGCAGCAGUGGAAGUUUGCAGAGGUGCCAGAGAAUCCGAUCUCACAGGAAUGGGUGAGGAGGAAAUUUCUGUUUUGGAUAGAGUUGGGUGUGACAACAAGACUGACACUGAAAGCAUGUAUCCCAUGUAUUUUGGUGUUUCUUGUGCAUUCUUUGCGCUCCAAGUCCUCACAGAAGUGCCACAAGUUGAAGUUCAAAAAUGGUGUAAAAUCCGUGACACCAUGCUUCAAGGGAGUGCUCAGCUGUUGGGGUUGGUGGUGUGGAAGCUUCAGAAUGGGGGAGAGUUCCGAUUCAAAAGUGCUGAGAGAGAAAUUGAGAAUCUGAAAAGGAUGCGGCACGAGGAUGCCAAGGCCAAUGAGAAAGUUGUGGGAAUCUUUGCAGCACAAGAGCAAAGCUGGUUGAGUGAAAGGAGGAGACUCCGCCAGCAGAUUGGGGCUCUACUGACUGAGUUGAGAGUUUUUGAGAGAAACAAGGAUGCUGCUAUUUGUGAAUUGAAUCAGAAAUUGAAGGACAUGGAGGCUUUGGUGGAGUCAAGAGACAAGGAGAUGGAACAGGAGGAGCAGAGGAGGAAGGAGCUAGAAGAAAAGCUCAACAAUCUUGAGAAGGAUGCCGAAGAAAUGAGAGACUCCGCCAGGCGUGAAGCUCAAGAGCAUUCUUCUGAUCUAAGGAAGCACAAAACUGCUUUCAUUGAACUGGUGUCAAACCAGAGACAGCUUGAGGCUGAACUUGGUCGCGCAGUUAAGCAAGUGGAAGCUACUAGACAAGAACUUGCUUCUGUAGUGGAUAAGAAGGAGGAAUCAGAUUUGAUGGUCCAGAAGUUGUCUUUGGAGAUUGCAAAAUUUCACAAAGAUUUGGAACAGAAGGAUAAAAUUUUGUCAGCUAUGUUGAGGAAAUCUAAAUUGGAUACUGCAGAGAAGCAAAUGCUGUUAAAGGAGGUCAAGUUAUCGAAAGCUAGGAGGAAGCAAGCAGAGCAGGAGACACAACGAUGGAAGGCAGUUUCAGAAGGCAAACAUGAACGACAUUCCUUAAAAAGCAUGUUGGUGAACUUGAGUUCAAGGAUGGAUGUUUUCCCUAGUGCUAGAGGUAUGCAGCAUGGUUCCACAGGCUCCUCACACAUUGCAAAUGAACCAGACCAACCUUCUCCGUUUCCUGAUCACUAUUCGCAGCAAAGAAUUGGAGACUUGUCUAUUCCUGCUAAUGCUAAACGUUUGGAGGAUUGGAUGCGAGCUGAGGCAGAAAGGUAUGCAACCUUGAUUAAACAGAGGCAUCAUUUAGAGCUAGAUGCUUUUGCUGAACAAAUGCAGCUCAAAGAAGAGAAAGUUGAGGCAUUUCGCUGGCAGUUGUUGAGGACAGAAUUAGAAAUGAAACAGAUGCAGGCACAUGUGGAGGAGCUGGUCAAGGAUGUGACACAGUUGAGACAUGACAAGAUGAGAUUAGAGACCUUACUGUUGGAGAAAGAAGAUGAACUGACUUCCCUGCAAGAGAAACUUGUAUCAAAAUUAAGGCCCUCAAAAAGUAACUCAACUUUCCCUCCACAAUCUUCAGAACUAGUUCAAGAUGGUGUCUGGUCAAAAGUGAAGGUUGUCAAGAGAAAGCCAGGUGAGAAAGUGCUAGAAAUGAUUGAAAAUUCAGUUGAGGAAGAUUGUGAGAAGGAAGUACACUGUCUGCACCAUGACCAACCUAACAAUGGUAGUUUACUUGUUCAAUCUCCAGAAAAUGAGAUUGAAGAAGAAGAAAAAAAUGUUUCCAGGGAGGAUAGUGCUACUCCAAAUAAAGUAGAAGCCGAUGCUUCUGAAAAGAUAGCAUCUACCAGCCAGACCCCCAGUUCAACAAAACAGUCCCUAUGGAAGAUGGAUCUUCAUGCUCUUGGAGUAUCUUACAAGAUCAAGAGGCUGAAGCAGCAACUGCUUCUAGUUGAAAGGUUAACAGGAAAACAAGCGAAUGAAGAGCAAGCAGAAAUCAGUGAAGAUAGUAAAGUUGGUAUGAAAGCAUAUCUGUCCUUGAUUACUCUGCUGAAUAAACAAGUUGCAAGAUAUCAAUCCCUUCAAGAGAAGACAGAUGAUCUUUGCAAACGGAUGCACGGGAAUGAGCUGUAUGCAAGCCGUGGAGAUUUGAAUGGCGCAAGAGCAAAGGAGAAAACAUCAACACUGGAGCAGUUCCUAGAGGAGACAUUUCAACUACAGAGGUACAUAGUUGCAACAGGACAAAAAUGGAUGGAAAUUCAGUCGAAGAUUGUUUGUGGGUUUGUUGGGGUGGCAGAAGAGAUGCAGAAAAGUUCUGGCAUUGACAUGAACCGGUUUGCCGACAGUAUUAAAAACCUGUUCCAUGAAGUUCAAAGAGGUCUUGAAGUUAGGACAGCUAGAAUUAUAGGAGAUCUUGAGGGAACACUAGCUCGUGAAGGAAUGACAUGUUUGAGAAGGUAGCAACGAAUUCAUGUGUUUAUUUGUCUAUACUAUACCUAUUACUCUACUUUAUAACACCAAAGAUUCAAACUUUCAUGAUU